AUGCCGACAUCAGCCCCCUCAGGGCGGCCGCCGGACCCUCUUCAGCAGGCAGGCUUUCAGGUGGGAACUGAUACGACGCCACAAACGACCCUCACUAUGAUGGAUUCAGCCAUGGUGAUUGACGGUGGAGUGAAGGAUGGUCGUCCGACUGCGGACUCUCAAACCCUAGCGCGGGACACGACAUCCACUCAACCGGGCUCAGGGCCUUUCUCUUAUGCGAACGCCGUCACCGGAUUGUUGAAACAGACCACGAAUCCUCUGACUUCCAGCCAAUGGAUGCCAGUCGGGGAGCACGAUCUGGUUCCUAGAGAUUUCAAUGGUGAACCGGCGUUGAGGGUGUCAACAAGUUUCAUGAGUAAGCUUUGA